AUGUAUUGUGGGGUAAAAAAAUAUCCACCUUCAUCUCAUGCAUCCAUAAUCAGCAGUGUUUUCCCAGGCUCUUGGUUUUCCAAGUUCAAGCCCAGGCCCACCAGCCCCGACCCAAACCCGACCAUAGACCAAAACCGAGCAAAGCCCAAUUUCCCCCGAGAGGCUCGGUUCUACAGCGUGGACGGUGACGAUGACGACGCUUACUGGAGGCUUUCCUUUCACGACGAACACGCCAAGGGCAUAACCGGAAUUCCACCUUCUCCGUCGAGCUCCGGCGAGGAGGCUCGUAUUCCGGUCAUCCCAAGCUUGGGCCCGAAACUCGGGAGUCGCCGGAGGAAUUCGGGCCGGAGGAGGCCCGACGAGCCCGUCGAGAAAGUUAUAUUUCCGGUGGAGGAAGAAGAAGUGAGCAGAGUUCGAAAGAAGAAAGAAUUUCAUCAAGAUUUGCCGGUUGAUGAUGACUCUGAUGGUUUCGGUUUUUCGGAAGACUAUGAUUUUUCGGACGAGACAAGUGAUGAAGAAUCGGAAUAUAGGAUGAUGAGGUCUCGUCUGAGAAGAAAAAUGAAGCAAAAGAAUCGAGCUUAUUCGCCAAAGUGGGAUCUUGAGGAUUUGAAGAGAGCGAAAAUUCGGCCGAGGAGGAAGGAGAUUAUGAAGAAUGGCGGUGGGACAAUGUACGAUAGUUUUGCGGAGGUUAAGACUUCUUAUAAUCCGGGAGAAGACUUUAGAAAAUCGAUGGUUGAGAUGAUUUGCGAGCAAGGGAUCAAACGGCCGGAAGAGCUCGAGGAGCUUUUGGCUUGUUACCUCACGUUGAAUGGCGACGAACAUCACGGGCUCAUUAUCCGGGUUUUUCAAGAGGUUUGGUUCGAGUUGAGUGGGGCCGUGUGUUAA